ACGGACCCUCCCGCUGAUCCGGUGCGCCCGGUCAAACCCCAGAACGCCCCUUCGUCCAGUCACGCUCCCCCAACCCCUCUCCGCGGUCCGCCCCCCUCUCACCCCACCCAUCGUCCCUCGCCUCCUCCCGUCCCGCACCUCGCCGGAGCACCGCCCCCCUCGCCGGAGCACCGCCCCCGCCUCCCUCGCGCAUCCCCCUUUUUACCAUCUCCUCCGCCUAUCUCUGCUCCCCUUAUCCAUCCUCGAGCUCGCCCGCCGCGUGGAUCGCCUCGACCCAUUUUACUUUUUUUUUGUACCUCCCCGCCCGAGCGUUAGCUGGUGGGCGGAUGUACGUGUCUUGGCUGGAGAUGGAGAUGCCACUGGCUUGACGGAUUGAUCUCGGGGAGCUGCCUUUAGUGACCGGCCGCCCUCGGCCUCGCCGCGGCGGCCAUGGACACGGAGAGGGGGGCGGGCAGCGAGCAGGGGUCGCCCGACAGCGAAAUGGGAGACGGCGACAACGACAGCGUCGGUUACGGCGCAGAGAUGGAGGUGGACGCCGGGAGCGGCUCGGCCGGGGCCUCGGCUCCGGCGAGCUCGGCGUCCGCAUCGGCCUCGGUCUCCGCGUCAGCGUACGCCGCGCGCGCCGGCGCCUACGACGGGGUCGACCCUUUCGAGGGCAUGGAGUUCGACGACGAGGAGGAGGCCUGGACGUUCUACAACGUCUACGCCCACCGCGUGGGCUUCAGCACCCGGAUUAGCGUCAUGCACAGGUCGCGACGGAACGGCUCCGUCAUGUCCCGCCAGUUCGUCUGCGCCAAGGAGGGAUUCCGCACCUACCGCGGGAAGAAUGAGGUUUCACGUGGUGAUGCCGUAGACGCUGGCGACGACGAUAGUGGGAGGGGUCGGCGGACGCGGGCUGUCACCAGGGUUGGCUGCAAGGCCAUGAUCCGGGUGAAGAAGCAGGACAAUGGCCGCUGGAGUGUGACCAAGCUGGAGACUGCACAUAACCACCCCCUGGUCCCUGCGAACCAGGCACACUGUCUGCGCCCGCACAAGCCACUGUCAGAGUGUGGAAAGCAGCGGCCUUUUGGGGGCCAUCGAAAUGGCAGUUUGCCUCUGGCAAUUGAGCCACCGCCACCUCCUCUUACACCGCCUGUUCCUCAUACAAGCAUAGCUCAAGUGGUUCCUGAGUAUGUUUCGGAUGGUAUCGGGCAUGACACUAGAGUAAUUUUGGAUUAUGUCAAGCGCAUGCAAGCUGAAGAUCCAGCGUUCUUUUAUGCCAUGCAAUUUGUUGAGGGGCGUCCAGUGGGGAAUGUGUUUUGGGCCGAUUCGAGGGCUAGGACGGCAUACAAAGAUUUUGGAGAUGCCAUCAUCUUGGAUGACUACUGCAAAAGGAGCAAGCAUGAACUUCUACUUGUUGCUUUUACUGGAGUUAAUCACCAUUGCCAGCCAGUCCUAUUUGGUUGUGCCAUCAUGGCACAUAACAAUGAGACAUCAUUUGUUUGGUUGUUUGAGACAUUCCUCUUAGCAAUGUCUGGACAGCACCCUACCUCUCUUACCAUGGAGCAUGAUAAUGCUUUAAAGUCAGCUGCUUUGAAAGUAUUUCCUCUAACUAGGCUCCAGUUCUGUAAGUGGCACAUCAUGAACGAAGCACAAGAUAAGCUGUCAUAUCUCCUAGAUGUGUUUCCAUCCUUCCAUGAGGACUUUAUCAAUUGCAUCAACAUGUCUGAAACAAUCAAUGAGUUUGAAGCAAGUUGGAAGGCAUUAAUUUCUAAGGUCAGCUCUCAAAAAAGUGAAUGGAUUGACUUGAUGUACAGCUGCCGCCAUCAGUGGGUCCCCGUAUAUCUGAGAGAUACAUUCUUUGGGGAUGUGUCAUUAAAGCUGCAAUGUUCAAGCAGGAGUUCGUUGUUUGAAGGUUAUAUCAGUGCCAAAACUGAUUCACAGUCAUUCAUUCAGCAGUACGAAAAAGCUUUAGACUGUUGUUACGAGAAAGAGGUGAAGGAAGAAUUUGAAACAAAAUAUUCACUUCCUGAUAUGAAGACAUCAUCUCCUAUAGAAAAGCAAGGAGCGGAGUUAUAUACAAGGUCAAUGUUUUUGAAAUUCCAACAGGAAUUGGUUGGUGCCUCUGUUUACACUGCUGACAUGGUGAAAGAGGAGGGCGAUGCUUCAAUUUAUACAGUGACCAGAUCUGAAGGAAGUGAGAAGUCUGUAACAGUUCAGUUCAGUUCUUCUGGAAGUUCGGCGACAUGUAGCUGUCAUAUGUUUGAAUAUUUUGGUAUUGUCUGCAGGCACAUACUUACCGUGUUUGGCAUAAGAGGUGUCUCUGCACUCCCUUCUCAUUACUUUGUAAAAAGAUGGACAAAGAAUGCACUGGAUAGAAGCUCAGGCAAGAAUGUUGACGAAGUUAGCAGAGUUGCGGAGCCCAAGGAGGAGCAAAGAAGUAGCGCUGAAGAUGAUGAGCAGUCCCCGACAUGGCGUUACAACAGUUUGUGUCGUGAAGCACUAAGGUAUGCUGAGGAGGGGGCAUCAUCAUUAGAGGUUUAUAUUGUGGCAAUGCAAGCUCUUCAAGAGGCUGCUAACAGGGUUAAUAUGGCCAAGAGAGGUAUUGGACAGGUAGCACCAUUAGCGGUGAUGCCAAUUGCAGCACAACCACCAGAAAGUUUUGCAAGAAAUCAGGAGAUUAGUUCUAAUAAGCAAAAGAAGAGAAAAAGGAAUUCAAAUAGCUCAAGGGAGAAUGUCACACCAAAUCAACUUAUGUAUGUGCAACAACCUGUUAAUUUUCUUUUUGUUGCUCCUGGUCCAUCAAGUGCUUUACAAGGGCCUAGUCAGCUAGUUGCUGCUGCUCCUGUUUCUUUGAAUAGCAAAUAUGGACAAACAUCUGGUGCAAAUAAUUCAGUUGAUGACAAUAUACCUCCUGCUUCUGUAGUUGAUAAGUUUUCUGGGUUACCUGUCCGAAAUGCAUCAGCUCCUUCAAUUGGAAAUCUGCAAGGUGGAGAAACAAAAUCCAUAGGGACUGAUUCACAAAUAAAAGAGAGCCAUGAAUUAUCCCAAGCUAAUGGUAGCAGGGGAUGCAGUGUAAAUACAUUAAACUCCAGUGUCGCGCCACAGCUCGUGACUGUUCCUAUUGGACUGUGCCUUCCAUCCACUGAUGGCUCCAAGAUAUCUGCGGCUGGUAUGAACUCUGUAAAUUCUGGAGAUAUCAGUAGCAAUGGCAAGUUGUCAUUUGGUCUUCAUCAAUCUCAGUCAUCUGCACAACAGCCAGCUACACCAUCACAGACAACAACGCUUGACCAUAUUGACUCCCGUGCUAAUCCUGAGGGUUCAUCUAUAAGGGCUGCAGCCAUUGCAGCCGGCGCACGCAUUGGGUCCCCAUCUGAUGCAGCAACAAUCAUAAAAGCGGCUCAGUCAAAAGGCGCCAUCCACAUCAUGCCUGGGGAAAACCUCCCAAAUUACCUGAAACCACUAGCACCAAAACCACUUUCUGCACUACCACCGGCGAACCCACUCAACCCGGCACAUGCACCCCCAGGACAGCUCAGCUUUGGUGAUUCUGCAGCCGCCAAGGACGCAAUCUUCGGUUCCUGGGAUGGCACUGACGACGAUGAGGAAGACACUGACGAUGACGAAGACACGGAUGACGACGAAGAGCUGACUGGCGACGAUGCAGAACAUGAGUGAUCUUCUCUCCCUGCACUAACCUCUCCCAAUGGCUUGUGAGAUGCUGAUCUUUAACAACCUCUUCACCAAUGGAAUCUCUUAGAGCAUAGUUGUAUACGUGUUUAUAGCCUGUAUUUAAGGUCCCAGGUCCCAGCUGUCGCCUCCAUGAGCCAAGAAUUCUUCUUUGAUCUCUCUCUCUCUCACUUAGCAUGCUUAGAAGCCCCACUUAUUUAACCUAAUGACAAACAUCGAACUUACUUAAUCUUCUUCCCUUUUUUGUUGUCUCCUGGUGAGGUUGGUCGAUCUGAUGGUCAGUUCACGUGUGUAGCUGGUUAGCUAUGUUGUGUACAGCAUGAGUUGUAUGCUGGUGAACUGCUUUCAACAGUCCAAAGUUUUGUACCCUGUUUUUCUCUUGCUGGAAAGGGAUUUGUUGGAACUGAGCUCACAGACCCUUUGUCCAUUGACUUGGCUUGGAAGAGUGGUUGGUUCAUUUGUGAAAAAAAAGAUUGAUUCUUUGAUCCUGA